AUGAGGGCGUUCUUCGGGCUCUUUAAUGGAGGGGCAGUUCUGACGAGGACCCCCGGACCGAGGAGAAACGCUUCAUAUGGCCCGUUGGUUAAGGCAAUUGUAUCCCGUGUUGGAGUAGCAGACAGCCGAUAUCCGGGAGGCAGGGCAAGGGUGGCCUUCUCUUGGCAUUGGCUCCAGAUCCACUUGUUCCAGCGGCUCCACGGAACGCUUUCCCAGCCUGCAACCCAGCUCCGCGGGCUUCUCACCCUAUCAGAGCCAAUUUGGUGGAGUGCUGUUCCCCUGAGGGAUCGGACUGAGGUUCUCCUCGACAUAAAGUCCCUUUAUGUCGAGGAGAACCUACUUUCUCUGGGAAAGCGGCGAAUUUGGCGAGAGAUUCCACCUGCCCAGUCCUCCGUUACAUCCCGUAUGACGCUCUUCGUUUCUUGGAUAGCUCUCGGUCAUGGAGCCACCAUCAGGAAACUUUCUCGCAAUAGGAAACAUCUAAUGCCCGAGAAAGGGAAAGCAGUAGGGAAACAUCCAGGUGUCAAUGGAGACACCAGAAUUCUAGAAGUUUGCAUGGUGUUCACCAGUUCUGCUUGCAGACACCACAUCUGCCACUACAUCGCCAUGGGUCUCGGAACUUCCACACUCCUUAGCAACCUUACUCUUAGCAACCAACUCCAACCUUAGGAAUGAAGAGGAUUUACCUAUAGUCGUGGAGACACUUCAUCGAUGAAGGCUGUUAUGUUAAUGAGAAUUUUGUGAAACUUAUAUUCGUGUUGUUGACGUCUCUAACUCCCUGCUUCACUACUUUUUUUUUAAGCACACUUUCACGGUCGCCGGAUC